AUGCAGAAUGCCCAAUCCUGGCAGCCUGCAAAUGGCGUAUCUUCCGACUUAAAGCGUGCCAUAUCGGCUCUCUCUGAUAUUCCCGACUCUAUCCUGAAAGCAGAGAUUCUUCGACGAGAUGGAGCUUCGAAUGACACGCCGGCGUGUGGCUCCAAGGAGCGGGGUGCCUAUAACACCCCGUUACAUGUUAUGGCGCUUUUCCUCAUCCUUAUUCUGAGCACAUUCGCUUGCUCAUUUCCGGUUCUUGCGCGCCGAUUCCCCCGUCUCCCAAUCCCCCGUCGCUUCCUAUUUAUAUCGAGACACUUUGGAACCGGUGUUCUGAUUGCGACGGCAUUUGUACACCUUCUCCCCACGGCCUUCGUGUCAUUGACCGACCCAUGUCUUCCCAAAUUUUGGAGCAAAUCCUACCGAGCGAUGGCGGGUUUCGUUGCAAUGAUCGCUGUAUUUGCUGUUGUCCUUGUGGAAAUGGCCUUUGCGAUGAAAGGUGCAAAACAUGUGCAUGGGAGUGAGUAUGAUAAUCUCAUUGGUGAGGUUGGCCAUGGCUCUCUGAGUGAUCUGGACGAUAUAGACAGAGACUACUCGGGGCUAGACACUCGGCGAGCUUCAGAAAGCAUUAACCUAGAUAAUGUGCAUUACAACCCCAAAACAAGGACAGCGAGAGCUUCUGGCUCUUCGCAUGAACUUGACAGACUCAAUGUGGCCGAUACAUCCGCAAGCAAAGAAGACGAUCUUUCCGAUAUUGAUGGUCUUGAUGCCUACACAGAUGAUGACCAGCAGCCAAUCAAUAGACAGGCAGCUCAUUCUCCGUCUCGUCGCCAUCGGCCACGUACAAGUGAAAGUCACCGACAACAAACGGAGACGGAUCUACCAAUUCAGAACCCGCAACGCCAACUUCUUCAGUGUCUUCUUCUGGAGGCUGGUAUUUUGUUCCACAGCAUCUUCAUUGGUAUGGCACUCAGCGUUGCAACUGGCACGUCGUUUGUCGUCCUUUUGAUCGCUAUCAGCUUCCACCAAACAUUCGAGGGCUUUGCCCUUGGAUCUCGGAUUGCUUCGCUCAUUCCAGAUCUUUUUGCUCCAAAUUCUCCAAAGCCAUGGCUGAUGUCACUUGCCUAUGGAACGACCACCCCAAUUGGCCAAGCUAUCGGCUUAGUUCUGCACAAUCUCUACGAUCCCGCGAGUGCGACUGGACUGCUGAUGGUUGGUAUUACCAAUGCCAUCAGUAGUGGCCUUUUGCUCUUUGCGGGCUUGGUAGAGCUUUUGGCAGAGGAUUUCCUCAGCGAGUCAAGUUAUGAGACCCUCAAGGGUAGACGACGUGUGGAGGCCUGCAUAUCUGUUGCUGGUGGUGCCCUGCUCAUGGCCUUUGUUGGUGCUUUUGCUUAA